AUGACGCAAGCACAAUCCCUCCGCGAGCAGCAAGGUCCCAUAAAAUCUUCGUAUCGCGAUACACCUAAUGCUGCCCUCGUCACCCUCAAAUCCACCGGCUCUCUCGACUCCAGCUCAAUAACCUGCAAACUCGAAACCGGCUCUGCUCUAAAAUUUGCCUCCAAAAUCGCAGGCCUGCAUCCUAAAGCCGGCGGCCCCGACCCCGAACUCUCCGGCGAGCUAUGCUCCGGUGAUAUGCUGCUUGACGCGCUCGUCGCUUGUUCUGGCGUAACGCUCAAGGCAGUCGCAACAGCGCUCGGGAUACCGAUAGAGAAGGGAACGGUGACCGCGGAGGGCGAUAUGGAUUUCAAGGGGACGUUGGGCGUGGAUAAGACAGCGCCAGUGGGGAUUACGGAUAUUCGGCUGGCGUUUGAUCUGCAAUUUGGCUUGAAAGAGGGAGGUGAACAGGUUACGGAUGACGAUGUUGAGAAGUUGGGCAAGCUGACAGAGAGGUACUGUGUCGUGCUUCAGACAUUGGUAAGGAAGCCAAGUCUAGCGGUAAGGGUUCUAGGGAAAGGGAAAGAAGAGGAUGGGAUCGAGAGGCAGGUUGGUUGGGGGAAGAAACUCUAG